CCGGCGACCCCCCUGCCUCCCACCUCCUGCGACCCGCCGCGCCCCCCGGCCUCCCAUCUCCGGCGACCCACCGCGCCCCCUGGCCUCCCAUCUGCGGGCGACCCACCACGCCCCCCGCCUCCCACCUCCGGCGCCGGGCCAAGCCCCCCCGGCUCCCACCUCCGGCGACGCGCCACGGCCCCGCCUCCCACCUCCAGCGAUGCGCCACGGCCCCGCCUCCCACCUUCGGCGAUGCCCCACGGCCCUGCCUCCCAUCUCCGGCGACGCGCCAUCCCUGAACCCCGCCUCCCAUCUCCUUCGACGCGCCGUCCCUGAACCCUGCCUCCUCUCUCGCGUCGCCCCCAUUGGCCCUCGAGCGCGGCCGUCCCUCCCACGGAGCCAAGCUCGCGACCGUCACUUCCACCACGCCGAGCUCGCACUCCAUCGCCGCUGGCGCCCCCAACCUCGCGUCAUCCAUGACCCCUCCAUUACACUCCUAUUCUUCAGGAACAUGUCAGUUCGUGUGGAGCAUAACAGUCCGUCAGUUCGUCGGUGGGAUUCGCAGGAUCCGCAGAGCGGCAGCAGCGCUCACUCUCCAAUGGUUGCCCGCGCAAGGAGGAUACAGGGAUGCGACAGUGGUGGAGGAGUCAGCAGCGUUCCAUGGCCUUCGUCCUCCUAGUCGCAUCUUUUCUUAUAAACAGCCAGAAGAAAACGACGCACAGGCUUCAUGCUCCAUCUCCUGGUGAAGGGGAGUUAAGCUCUAGGACCACUUGGAUGUGGAUGCUCAUGCUCCUCCACUGGGCGAGCUCCAAGGGCACCACGGGGCUUGAGAUUGUCAUCUCUACCCUCGGCCGUGAGGGCCAAGAGGCUGCCUGCACCCUGCUAAAUGAAAUGCUACUUCCGACCACCAACUCGCCUGAUGCCCGUUAUUGGUUUCCUCUUGAGCAGAUGAACUACAUUGUCACAUUAAACUACGGGGACAUGUUCCCUCAGUCCUCUCUCGACAAAUCCAACAGUACAGGUUCUCCGGUGCGCCAAGUAUUGCCAGUGGCGAUGUCUGCAUCAUGGCCCAUUGAGGAGAACAUGCCAGUCAGUUUAGAAGGGGAAGAUGUAGAGGCUGGACUACUCAGAGCCUUUGCCGCUGAUGUUGUGUUGUGUUAGGUCAACACGUAGUAGUAAAAUUAUUUUGCAGGAAGAGAAGACAGCGAGAAGAUGUUCCAGGUGACACGUCCUUCCAUCAAAACAAAAAGUUCAAACAUAGCAAAAAGUCGCAGAAAAGGAUGUGAACAUAGUAUACUCCCAUGGCUGUACGAGUAAACAUACACCAAGUGUAGACUUUCACCAUGUGCUUUAUCAUCAGUUAAAAAAAAGCUUUGUGUGUGCUACUGAAAUUGACAUGGUUUAGUUUGCUUUUACUUGUAUGCUACUGAUAGAUCAACAUUAUUUGCUUGUGUACUAAAGUGACUAAUUUGAACCACA